AUGGGGAACCUGAGAAUGGCACAGCUGGAUGAAGACGAUGAGAUGAAGAAAAAGAAAGAAAGAAAACGUGGCAGGCAGUUGAUUGGGCAGGGUGGAGGAGAACCGGCGGAGCCGCAAUUAAAUCGGAGGCGAUUUGGACUUGAGCCAGGCUGGCAGCGGCACGCAGGCCCACUUGACUUGGUCAAGCGCUGCACCAACGCCCCCGACUCCCCGAGGCGGAGUGGUGCGUCCAGCUCUCACGGCUCCGUGCCCACCGCAGAACCCUCGGAGCAGGCGCGGGCCGAGUUCCUGUCCGAGCUCUCCAUCAUCGCGGGGCUGCGCCACCGCAACCUGCUGCGCCUGCAGGGCUGGUGCUACGAGAAGGGCGAGAUCCUGCUCGUCUACGACUACAUGCGCAACGGCAGCCUCGACCGCGCCCUCUUCGACGCCGCCUCCUCGCCCGCCCUGCCCUGGCGCCACCGCCGCGAGAUACUCGCCGGCGUCGCGUCCGCGCUCGCCUACCUACACCACGAGUGCGACCGCCGCGUCAUCCACCGGGACGUCAAGUCCAGCAACGUCAUGCUCGACGACGCCUACCGCGCGCGCCUCGGCGACUUCGGCCUCGCGCGCCAGGCGGAGCACGGCGCGUCGCCCGACGCCACCGCCGCCGCCGGCACAAUGGGGUACCUCGCGCCGGAGUACAUGCUCACCGGCCGCGCCACCGAGGCCACCGACGUCUUCAGCUUCGGCGCGCUGGUCCUCGAGGUGGCGUGCGGGCGCCGCCCCAUCGGCACCGAGGGCCGCUGCAACAACCUGGUGGAGUGGGUGUGGACUCUGCACGGCGAAGGCCGCGUGCUGGACGCCGUCGACCCGCGGCUCGGCGGCGAGUACGACGAGGGGGAGAUGAGGAGGGUGCUGCUGGUCGGGCUGGCCUGCUCCAGCCCGGAACCCGCGCUCCGACCCGGGAUGCGCACCGUCGUUCAGAUACUCAGCGGCGAGGCCGACCCGCCGUUCGUGCCGGCGGCCAGGCCCUCCAUGAGCUUCAGCGCCAACCACCACCUCCUGCUCAGCCUCCAGGACAGCGUCUCAGACUACAACGCGCUGGCGCUCAACCUCUCCGACGACUCCUCCGACGACUCCAUGAGCUCCUCCUCGCUCACCAGCACGCUCCGCAAAGGCGGCCACGACAUCGGAUUCAGCAGCACCCCCGGCGACGCCCGGUGAUCCAGUCGCCUCAAUUCC